AUGGCAGAUACGGUACUGACAGAGCUCACCGCGAGCAAUCUCUUCGAUCUCACAGGGGUGGUAGCGGUGGUCACAGGGGGAGGCACGGGGAUUGGGCUCAUGAUGAGCUCUACGCUUGUUGCAAAUGGUGCUACGGUGUACAUUAUCGGACCGGGUCAGGAGGAUCUUGACAAGAUCUGCAACAUCUACAACGAUCAAUGCGAGAGACUAAACAAACCAGGCCGGAUGUACGGGAUCGAAGGCGACAUCAGGCAGAAGUCCGAAGCCGUUCGCCUUGCGGGAGAGGUCGCGAAAAAAGAACAGCAUGUAACAGUGCUCUUCAACAAUGCCGGGGUUCACUCUGCCACUUGCCCAAUGCCUCCUAUCGCAAGCGCGGUAGAAUACCGCAACAAAGUCUUUGACACCGUGACAGAAGAUGCGUUCGACUACAACCUGCAGACGAACGCCAUCGGGCCGUACUGGAUGACUUUCGCGUUCCUGCCACUGCUCGAGAAGUGGAAGGGCAGCCCUCUCGGAGGCCGAUUCGCGCCUCAGAUCGUGAUGACUUCAAGCAUGAACGGCUGGACUAAGGACCCUGCCACGGGAGGCUUCUCGUUCCCCUACCUCAUGUCCAAGUCCGCGAUCGGACACGCGACGUCCUCGCUCGCACACCAGCUCCUUCCGCUCGGCAUCCGCGUCAACGGCAUCGCGCCCGGCAUGUUCGCGACCCGGAUGACCGCAGGCCCGGACGCGACGGACGCGACGGGGGCGUCUUACUUCCCGCCCGACAAGGCGCACGACUUCGACGUGCCCGUGACGAUGCGUGGGGACCAUGGGCCGGUCGCGUACGGGACGACGAAGGACAUGGGCGCGCUUGUGCUCUUCCUGGUCGCGAACUGGUUCGUCGAUGGGGAGACCGUCUUGAUUGACGGAGGGACCCUGUUGAAACAUCCGAGCUCAUACUGA